GCAGCUGAGAGUCCAGAAGAGCAGGAAAAGCUGGGCUUGACGGUCUCAACUCUCCUCUUGUGUGUGUGUGAACUUGAAGGAGAAAGUGAGCAGAGGGCCUUUUGGAGGACUGGAGAAUCAUGGUGUGAAUUGUGAAGAUGAGAGUAGAAGAUACUGCCUGUUAAGAGCUGGAGUCUGUUUUGAAGUUGGGAAGACAAAGUAUCCAAAGCACAGCAAUCAUGGGAGCUGAAGAAGAAAUGCUCAUCACUCUGUCUGGAGGUGCCCCCUGGGGCUUCCGGCUGCAAGGGGGUUCAGAGCAGAAAAGACCCCUUCAAGUGUCAAAGAUCCGAAAGAGGAGCAAAGCGUGCCGCGGAGGCCUGUGGGAAAAUGAUGUGCUAGUGUCCAUCAAUGGGAAGUCUUGUGCUGGCCUCUCCCAUGCUUCUGCCAUGCAGAUCAUCGAUUCCUCCAAUGGCACGCUCAACAUCCGUGUGAAAAGGAUAGUUGGUGGUGACCAGACCGGUCCACGGCUCCAGCGCUCCCCAUCUCCAGGGCAGCGAGUGCUCUCCCCACCAUUUCCACUCAGCCCCCCGGCACAGCUACUCAGUCCUGAACCAGCAGGAGCCCCAGCCACCACACAGCCCUCACAGCCACGGAGGUCACAGAGGCACCUGGACAGCCUCACCUCCCCGCCGGACAGCGAGGCCUACUAUGGUGAGACAGACAGCGAUGCCGACAACGUGGCCCAGGAGAAGCACCGCCGAGCUCGCAAGAAAAGCCCACGCUCCCCGCCUGAUAGCAUCAACAGCAAGGCAGACGCACCUCAGGAUGAGGUGUCUCUGUCUGAACAGAGCGGCUACGAGAGCAUGCUGGAGGCUGCUGCGCCGGGGGCGCCCGAGGUGGUCAGCUCUGUCGGGGUGGCCAAGAGGGAGAUUGCCUGCCCGCCUGGCAGCCCCGCAGACACUCCAUUCUCGGACACCGAGGGACAGUUGCGGCCACCGUCAACAGAGGGACGGGAACCUUCUCCCGAAGCGAUGCUCCUGCCCCAUGCCACCAAGGCUAUCCGAGCAGAACGUCAUCUCAUCCCCAUGGUGGGGCCAGUGGAGCACCCGGUUGAUGAAGAUCUAACCACCACGUAUGCAGAGAAAGCCAAGCAGGCCA